UGCUCACUCUCCCCGCGCGCAGUUUGGAGCCAGAGGGAGCUCAGGGAGCAAGCUAGCGAGCACUAGGAGCCCGGGCCAGCAGAGGGGGCGCCCGUCCGCUGCCUGCACCGCCGCCUCCACCGCGCUCGGGGGCCCCGGGAGGAGCGAGGGCGAGUCGGAGAGUCUGGGAGCCAAGCCCGGCAAGACCCAACUGCGGGAGGGCGCCUGCCCCGCUCAGCCGCCUCCUGAGCGCGAGCCGGGGAGCGCCCGCCGACCGCCCCGCGGGCCGGAGAGCAGGGAGCAUAGGUCCCCGCAGCUCCAGGGAUGGUGUAGGAGACGGCGCGAGGCUCGCUGCUCUGCUCCCUGCCGGGGCUCGCCGCCUCCUCCCGAUCUCCCAGUGCUGCAAAACCGCGGCGGCCGGGGGCUGCGCGCCGGGCGGCCCAGGCCGAAGAAGUUAGUUGUGCGCGCGCCGCUGAGUGCGCGGAGCGAGCGAGCGAGGGAGGCAGCGAAGCGCGGGGGCCAUGGGCUGGGGGAUCCACUGCUGCUGCCCGGGACGGCUGGACCUGCUGUGCGUGCUGGCGCUGCUCGGGGCAUGCCUGCUCCCCGUGUGCCGGACGCGCGUCUACACCAACCACUGGGCAGUCAAAAUCGCCGGCGGCUUCCCGGAGGCCAACCGCAUUGCUAGCAAGUACGGCUUCAUCAACAUAGGACAGAUCGGGGCCCUGAAGGACUAUUACCACUUCUACCAUAGCAGGACGAUUAAAAGGUCAGUUCUCUCAAGCAGAGGAACCCACAGUUUCAUUUCAAUGGAACCAAAGGUGGAAUGGAUCCAACAGCAAGUGGUAAAAAAACGGACCAAGAGAGAUUAUGACUUCAGUCGUGCCCAGUCUACUUACUUCAAUGAUCCCAAGUGGCCAAGCAUGUGGUAUAUGCACUGCAGUGACAACACACAUCCCUGUCAAUCAGACAUGAACAUUGAAGGAGCCUGGAAGAGAGGCUACACGGGAAAGAACAUUGUGGUCACCAUCCUGGACGAUGGCAUUGAGAGAACCCAUCCAGAUCUGAUGCAAAACUAUGAUGCUCUGGCCAGUUGUGACGUGAAUGGGAAUGACUUGGACCCAAUGCCUCGUUAUGAUGCAAGCAACGAAAACAAGCAUGGGACCCGCUGUGCUGGAGAAGUGGCAGCCGCAGCAAACAACUCGCACUGUACAGUCGGAAUUGCUUUCAACGCCAAGAUCGGAGGAGUUCGAAUGCUGGAUGGAGAUGUCACGGACAUGGUCGAAGCAAAAUCAGUUAGCUUCAACCCUCAGCAUGUGCACAUCUACAGUGCGAGCUGGGGCCCAGAUGAUGAUGGCAAGACUGUAGAUGGACCAGCUCCACUCACUCGGCAAGCCUUUGAAAAUGGCGUCAGAAUGGGGCGACGAGGUCUUGGCUCUGUUUUUGUGUGGGCAUCAGGAAAUGGUGGCAGGAGCAAAGACCACUGCUCCUGUGACGGCUACACCAACAGCAUCUACACCAUCUCCAUCAGCAGCACAGCUGAAAGUGGAAAGAAGCCCUGGUACCUGGAAGAGUGUUCUUCCACACUGGCCACAACCUACAGCAGUGGAGAGUCCUACGAUAAAAAAAUAAUCACUACGGAUCUGAGGCAGCGUUGCACGGACAACCACACUGGGACGUCAGCCUCGGCCCCCAUGGCUGCGGGCAUCAUUGCACUGGCCCUGGAAGCCAAUCCGUUUCUGACCUGGAGAGACGUGCAGCAUGUUAUUGUCAGGACUUCCCGUGCAGGACAUUUGAACGCUAAUGACUGGAAAACCAAUGCUGCUGGUUUUAAGGUGAGCCACCUCUAUGGAUUUGGACUGAUGGAUGCAGAAGCCAUGGUGAUGGAGGCGGAGAAGUGGACCACUGUUCCCCAGCAGCACGUGUGUGUGGAGAGCACAGACCGACAAAUCAAGACAAUCCGCCCCAACAGUGCAGUGCGCUCCAUCUACAAAGCUUCGGGCUGCUCUGAUAACCCCAACCACCAUGUCAACUACCUGGAACACGUCGUGGUGCGCAUAACCAUCACCCACCCCAGGAGGGGAGACCUGGCCAUCUACCUGACCUCGCCCUCGGGAACCAGGUCCCAGCUUUUGGCCAACAGGCUCUUUGACCAUUCCAUGGAAGGAUUUAAAAACUGGGAGUUCAUGACCAUUCACUGCUGGGGAGAACGAGCUGCUGGUGACUGGAUCCUUGAAGUCUACGACACGCCCUCUCAGCUGAGGAACUUCAAGACUCCAGGUAAACUGAAAGAAUGGUCUUUGGUACUCUAUGGCACCUCGGUGCAGCCAUACUCACCAACGAAUGAGUUUCCUAAAGUGGAACGUGUCCGUUAUAGCCGAGUGGAAGACCCCACCGAUGACUACGGCACAGAGGAUUAUGCAGGCCCCUGUGACCCUGAGUGCAGUGAGGUCGGCUGUGACGGGCCGGGACCGGACCACUGCAGUGACUGUCUGCACUACUACUACAAGCUGAAAAACAACACCAGGAUCUGUGUCUCCAGCUGCCCCCCUGGUCACUACCAUGCUGACAAGAAGCGAUGCAGAAAGUGUGCUCCCAACUGCGAGGCCUGCUUUGGCAGCCAUGGUGACCAGUGCCUGUCCUGUAAACAUGGAUACUUCCUGAAUGAAGAAACCAACAGCUGUGUUACUCACUGCCCUGACGGAUCAUAUCAGGACACCAAGAAAAAUCUUUGCCGGAAAUGCAGUGAAAACUGCAAGACUUGUACUGAAUCCCAUAACUGUACAGAAUGUAGGGAUGGGUUAAGCCUGCAGGGAUCCCGGUGUUCCAUCGCUUGUGAGGAUGGACAGUACUUCAAUGGCCAGGACUGUCAGCCCUGCCACCGCUUCUGUGCCACUUGUGCCGGGGCCGGUGCUGAUGGGUGCAUUAACUGCACGGAGGGCUACUUCAUGGAGGAUGGGAGAUGUGUGCAGAGCUGUAGUAUCAGCUAUUACUUUGACCACUCUUCAGAGAAUGGAUAUAAAUCCUGCAAAAAAUGUGACACCAGCUGUUUAACGUGCAAUGGUCCAGGGUUCAAGAACUGUACAAGCUGCCCCAGUGGGUAUCUCCUAGAUUUAGGAAUGUGUCAGAUGGGAACCAUCUGCAAGGAUGGAGAAUACAUUGAUGAGCAUGGACGCUGCCAGAUCUGUGAAGCCUCAUGUGCCAAGUGCUGGGGGCCGACUCAGGAAAACUGCACUGGCUGCCCUGACACAAGGGUUUUUGAUGAUGGCCGCUGCGUUUUGAACUGUCCCUCAGGCAAAUUUGAAUUUAUGAACCAAUGCCAUCUAUGCCACUAUACCUGCCAAGAAUGCCAAGGAAAUGAGCCUUUCAGCUGUACCUCCUGUGGAGUCGAUAAAUAUGGCUGGGAGCGCUUCUUGUACCAGGGAGUAUGUCAAGAGAGCUGCCCGGUGGGGCACUACGCUGCUGAGGGGCACACCUGCCUGCCCUGCCCAGACAACUGCGAGCUUUGCCACAGCGUGCACACCUGUACACGAUGUAUGGGUGGCUACUUCAUAGUGCCCACCAACCACACCUGCCAGAAGUUAGAGUGUGGACAAGAUGAAAUCCAAGACCCAGACUAUGAAGAAUGUAUACCUUGUGAAGAAGGAUGUCUGGGAUGCAGCUUGGAUGAUCCAGGAACCUGCACGUCAUGCACUACAGGGUAUUACAUGUUUGAACACCGCUGUUAUAAAAUCUGUCCUGAGAAGACCUACAUUGAAGAAUUUGAAUGCAAAGCGUGCGAUACCAACUGCGGCAACUGUGACCGGAAUGAGUGCUACUGGUGUGAGGAAGGCUUCUUUCUCUUGGGCGGCAGUUGCGUGAGGGAAUGUGGCCCUGGCUUCUACGGCGACCCAGAGAUGGGUGAAUGUGAGCCCUGCCACCGAUCCUGUGAAACCUGCACCGGCCUUGGCUACGACAAGUGCAGCAGCUGCCGAGGAGGGCUGCAGCUGCUGCAUGGGACGUGUGUGGGUCCCACCCAGACCCAGAUGGAAGGCAACUUCUGGAAUGACAUUUUGAGAAAAUACCAGCUUUGUCAUUCUUCUUGUAAAACUUGCAAUGGAUCUGCAACCCUGUGUACUUCAUGUCCAAAAGACUCAUAUUUGCUGGCUCAGACCUGCGUCUCUACCUGUCCCCAAGGCAUGUGGCCCUCAGUGAGGAGUGGCAGCUGUGAGAACUGUACAGAGGACUGUGCUUCUUGCUCAGGAGCCAAUCUUUGCAAAAAGUGCCGAACUCAGCUGGAAUACCCUCUCUUCCUCCAUGAAGGCAGGUGCUACACCAAGUGCCCUGAGGGCUUCUAUGCAGGUGAUGGCAUCUGUGCACACUGUAGCUCCCCUUGCAGAACAUGUGAAGGAAAUGCCACCAACUGCCACUCUUGUGAAGGAGGCCUUGUCCUGGACCAGGGAGUGUGCCAGAGAGCCUGCUCUGAGAGGCACGUGGCCGUGGAGGGGGUGUGCAAGCAUUGCCCAGAGAUGUGUCAGGAAUGCAUCCAUGAGAAAACAUGCAAAGACUGCAUGCCUGAGUUCUUCCUACACAAGGAUAUGUGCCAUCAGUCCUGUCCCCAACACUUCUACGCAGACGAGCGCCAGUGCGUUCCCUGCCACGAAGACUGUCUGGAGUGCAGUGGCCCCUCGGCGGAUGACUGUGACCUCUGUGCUGACUCAUCCUUGGUUCUCUAUGAUGGGCAAUGUUUGAACGAGUGCCCAGCAGGGACUUACUAUGAAAAAGAGACGAAAGAUUGCAAAGAUUGCGACAAGUCCUGCCAGACCUGCUCAUCGUCUGGGACCUGCACGACCUGUCAGGAAGGCCUGAAGAUGAACAGCCAUGGAAAAUGUGUGCCUCACAAGGAAUGCGCCCCCUCCGAGUACUGGGAUGAGGAUACUCUGGGAUGCAAGCCCUGUCACACUAAGUGCUUCCGCUGCUUGGGGUCCUCUGAGGACCAGUGUCUUACCUGCCUGAGGCCCAGCCUCCUUCUCAAGUCCAAGCAGGGGGAGAAAUUUAACUGUGAAAAAUGCCACGAGAGCUGUGUAGAAUGCAAAGGCCCUGGCACCAAGAACUGUACUGCGUGCCCUGCCAACCUGCUGCUGCACAUGGAUGACAGCCGCUGCCUGAGCUGUUGCAACACCUCAGAUCCCACCGAUGCCCAGGAGUGCUGUGACUGCCAGGACAUCACAGAUGAGUGCAUCCUUCGAGCAAGUGAGAUCAGGUCUGCACCUGAGCAUUUCAAGACAGGCUUGUUCAUCACCUCCUCCAUCGUGCUGGUGCUUCUGCUCGGGGCAGCUGUGAUCAUCUGGAGGAAAUCACGGGGCCGAGCCCAGCUAGCAGAGAAGGCCGGCUAUGAAAAGCUGGCUGACCCUAGCAAGUCAUACUCCUCCUAUAAGAGCAGCCAUCACGAGAGCACCAACUUUGAAGAGGAUCAGGUGAUUGAGUACAGGGACCGCGACUAUGAUGAAGAUGACGAUGAUGACAUCGUCUACAUGGGCCAAGAUGGCACUGUCUACCGGAAAUUUAAAUAUGGGCUGCUGGAUGAUGAUGACGAAGAUGAGCUGGAAUACGACGAUGAGAGCUACUCCUACCCGUGACAGAGGUCACCUCCACACCACCCCAUUCCUCUCCCAGGCAUGAGUGUGAGCAUUAGAGUGUAGGAUUUUAUCCUCACACACCAGGCUGAUGUAUGCGUGUUUGUAUUUGUCUUCUUAACCAUGAUUCCAACUGAAAUAUAUAAGAAUGCUGAAGUAUUUUGUUCUUCCUUUGAGUGGCUAAACUUGAUUAACCAUAAUUGUUCAACCAUAACUGAGGAACAAGGAUCAAGUCCGAAGGGAUUUUCCUCCGAACAAUAUGUCAAACAGAACACAGGAAGUAAAAACAAGUGAGAUUUGUAUAAACUGUUUUAUGUGAUUUUAAAAAAUGAAAAAGGAAGUGGAGGACUAUUUGAGAUCUUGCUCCCCAGCAUAUGUCAUCAAUUUGGCUCAAAUAAGCUCUUAUAAAAACUUAAAAAAAAAAAAAAGGAAGUGGACCUGUAAAAAUUCUGGUUUUUGCUGUAUUGUGGAGAUAUCUACUGUACUGCCUUCUGGAAUUCUGAUAUUUCUGUAAAUGAUUUUUGGGGAUGGGGAGAUGAAAGAGUUGUUUGUCUUAGAGGACUUUUCUCCCAUUAGCUCUCUUUAAGCAGAGAUUCGUUCUAUAAGAACCAACUGAAGAAGGUUCUCGUGGCAUUUAACAAUUGACUCCGGGCUGCGCCUGGUGAGCCAAAGAGACCACUGCUGACAAUGGUCAUGACCUAGUUCAAGAUGAGAAAAGAAAAGGGAGGUAGCAUUAUAGCUGAGGCACCAUCAUGUGUUCACUGGGCUCUGGUUCCUCUGCAUGAAUCCAGAGUCAUUAUGACUCUAGGAGCAGAACAAACCCCGGCAGGAGAUAGCAGCAAAUCCAGCAGGAAAGAAAUCACUAAGUUUCCAAGAAUUGCAACACUAUACCCUCAUGAUUUCUAAGAAUGUUUCUAGUUGGAAACAUCAGCUAAGACAUCAAGUAAUAAAAACAAAUCACAGUGUUAACCUAACAUAAAAUGACCAAAAUUACAUCUACUCUAAUAAAAGACUUUAGCUACUAAAUCAGCAAGCUUUCAUCAACAGCCUGUCACAGAACUGUGGACUCUCCAUAGAAAAAGUUGGAAUGGAGUCUAACAUGCAUAAUCCCAACUUCCCGCUCACAAACUUAAUCCAGCUGCUGACCAGCCUUCCAACACUCUUUGUCCCUGUGUCUUUUGUUUCUAAACAUCCUAGGCCUCCUUUUUUCCACUUUCCUGCCAAGCACAUGCUUGGAUUCAUGCACCUAGGGCAGUUUUUCUACAGAUAAUACAGAGAGAGGGACUCUUGCUGUGUGAAAUUACCUAAGCAGGGUUUUUGCAGACUUCCUUGACAAAGCAGAAGUUACAGGCAGUCCUAGGAGCAAACCCCCAGAAAUUUUCAGAUGAUGAUGAUAAUUUUAAAAAAUGUAUUGCACACCUACUAUGUACCAGGUACCAAGCUAAAUAAUUUCUUUUGGAAAAAAUCACCUAACACGACCAUAACUUCAUGAGGUUGGUACCAUUAUUGCUCUGUUUUCAUAGGAAACCCGAGGUUUAUGAGAGAUUAAGUAACUAGCCCAAGGUUGACAGAAAGCCAAUCAAGAUUCAAGAAAAUAGAAUUAUCCUAAAGCACAUGUCCUUAAUAAUUGUGCUACACUGUCAUAAAGUAAGAAAAGAAGCAUCCUGAAUCUAAUAAAGACAUGUCUGUUACUUUAUGAUAUGGCAGCUGUAUUACCUUUACUAAAUUUGUGCGUUUUCUUUUCUUUUUUUUAAACAUGAUGUACCACUAACACAAGAAAUCUCUGUGAAGAAGUCUUCAGUUUAUGGAAGGCCUCAGUGUUUCACAGGGGAAAGCUCUUAAAGGAAAGGUUGGCCAACUCUCUCUGGAAAGCGCCAGACAGUAAAUACUUUAGGCUUUGCACAACUACUCAACGCUGCCAUUGUGGCAUGAAUGCAGCCAAUCCAUAAUGAAUGGGUGGGUCGUUCUCCAAUAAAACUUUAUUUAUACUAAAAUUUGGAUAUAAAAUAAUUUUCACAUAUCAUAAAAGAGUAUGCUUCUUUUCAUUUUUUUUCUUAAAUCAUGAAAAAUAUAAAAACCACUCUUAGCUCGAGGCAGUACAAAAAUAUGUGAUGGGCCAGACUUGGCCACCAGACUAUAGUUUGCCAACCUCAUCUUAAAAAAAUAAAUUCUUAAGAGACCAUGUGCGUUAUACAUGCAUACGAUAUGCCUCCAAAUUUUUUGAUCAUUUAAAAAUCAUCUCUUCAAAAUCUUUUUUGAACCCGAUAGUUCCAUUUGUAAUUCUUAGAAAUAAAAAUACAUGUAAGAUAGCCAUUGUACCAAUAGAAGAAUUUCUCCUCUCUUGCUGUGUAAUUACAGAGUGUAGCCUAUAGAAAUAAGUAUUUUUGCUUAUACUGUGUUUUUCAUCUCCCCUGAUAAUUCUAAAGCUGAUAAACUGAGUUUGACAUUUCUUUGUGUAGCCUGGAAAUUGUUUUUCAAGAAAAAAUAUGUUUAUG